UUUAGAGGGGCGUCUCAAAAACACGAGGAAUUCCCCUCGCGAUCAUCCAGCCUUUAAACCCUCUGCAGAUCGAUGCCAAACCCAGCUCAAACGAGCAGCACAUCAAAGAACCAGUCCCAGCCACUGAGAUGAAACUCAGCAAAGCGUCACUGCUCACCUUCGUUAUCGUCAUUAUUAUUUAUAUAAGUAUAGAGAAAUGCAAGGCAUCUGUACCUACCUUUCAACAUGAAGGUCUAACCUGUAGUCGCUGCCCUCCAGGACAACAUAUGGUACAGCAUUGCACAAAAGACCAUGAUACGGAGUGUGCACCCUGUUCAGCUAAUCAUUAUACACGGUAUUGGAAUUACUUGAAAAAAUGCCAAUACUGCAACAACUUCUGCAAAGAAAAUCAAAAUGUUAAGCAUGAAUGCAAUGCAACUCAUAACAGAGUGUGCGAGUGCAUAGAUGGCUACUUCUGGGAAUAUGAAUUUUGUAUGAAGCAGAAAACAUGUCUUCCUGGAUAUGAAGUUAAAACAACAGGCACUCCAUACAGCAAUACAAUUUGUAGGAAAUGUGCACGGGGUUUCUUUUCAUCAGUGACUUCUACCAUUGCACAAUGUAAGAGACACACAAACUGCACUGAACUGGGCUUAAAGUUGGAUAUCCCUGGUACUGCCUGGCAUGACAAUUUGUGUAGCCCAUGUCAGCCCAGUGGCUCUGAAGAGGAUGCUACAGAGUGUGAAAAGGCACUAUUUAACUUCGUGGCACGUCAAAAACUUGGCCAAAGGCAGGUGUUCAGUCUGGGGAAGGCUCUCCUCAAUGAAACGAAAAGAAACAUGCUUCAAACAAGGAAUGACAUGGAAGAGCAGCAGCAGAUCAUGCUUCUCUUUCACAAAUGGAAAAUGCAACAGAGUGCAGAUGUAACUGUAGAAGCUUUAGCAAAAAUUCUGAGGACCGCUAAACUUAAUAAGGUUGUAAAAAAAAUGUCAAGGAAGUUCCUCAGAAGGUCAAAAAAUGCAGGAAAAGUGUGCUUUUUGAACAAAUGAAUGGGCAGCAAUGUUUUGGAAAGUGCAUUUAUCGCUGAUCAAUCUAAUCAUUUUAUAAUCUAGUUUAAAACAAGAGCACAUUACUUGUCAUUCUCUCACAACACUUGCCCAAUACAUUGUCUUGUGUAUUUUGUGUAUUUAAUUCCCAAUAUGAAUUUUUAUUACAGUUCCCAUUGCUUUCUUCAUGAUAGUACCCCAGGCUACUGGAAUCAAUGUGUCAACCAAUCAGUACAUCAUUUGUUCUGUACCAUAAACUGUUGUGAUUAUUUGAAAUCUGGCAUUCUUUGUCACGCGUGCAAAAUUAAAAUCUUCUGUAAAAUGUCCUUUAGCAAUUGCUAAGCCUUUGUUACCAGAAUUGUACAAGAACUUCUAAAAAAUAUUCACUUUCUAACAUUGCAGCAGAAAGUUCUUGCUAUUAUCUUCAAAAUAUUUCAAUUUAUUUUUGUAUUUUUAUGGGACAUGCUUGGAAAUUGGAACUUCACCAUCCAUUAUUGAAUUCUCAGCCCAUGGAGACAGGGAGAAGGAGAAAUAAUUGGGUGAGUUUGCUCCAGAGAGGAAGAGGCCCCUUUCUCACCUCCUCUAGAAUUAAUUGCAGAAAACAGAUAUACUAGGGACUUUCAACUCACCAGCAAUUAAGCCCCUUACAUGGUCAAUUAACAGUGGCUGGGUUCCCAACUGAAAACCAGGGUGAACUGCCUGCUGAGUAUGGCCUUCAACUGCUCAGAUUUGGGGGCAAUGAGAAGCAGUGAUGGUCAGCAAUGGGAUGGUCUCUGAAAUCCACACUCUGUGCCUUGAUUCCCCUGGCUCCCACCUGCCAAAGAGGCCAUCCUAUGAGAAGAGAAAGAAAUUUCUACCUUCUUGCCACUGGAUCCCCUGUAGAGCAGACCUCAACUGGAGAUCCUUAAGACCCAGAAGCUGCCGGCCUCUACCUUCUGACACACCAGUUUUGAAGACCCUGAUAGAAAGUGUGUCGUCAGGUUUCCUCCCUUUAUCCACAUUUAAUAAGAUGAUAAGUGGGUGAGACAACGAAUUAUCUCACCUCAGGGGUGGCAUGUCAAUCACUAACUACACACAUCACUACAGUUCAAGCAAGAAUGGGGAAAUCUCAGCCCUACAUGUUAUUAAAUUGAGCAUAUGUCUUUGUGUUACAAAUUUAUUCUGUGUUCACAGUUGCUAACAGUAUGUACUUUCAUGUUUUGACAGCUGUUACGUUUCUUGGCUGUCCAAGUUCUGUUGUUUUCAUGAGAAUUGAUUCUUCCCAUUUGUUCAAUGUGACUGAAUUACUUUACUCUUUUGAUGUGCAUCAUCUGUGCAUUUAAUACAGUAACAGAAUCCAUCCACUCUGUUUUUAAA